AUGCUGAGAUUAGCUGCCAAAAGUGGUAGCAAAAUGGGUAAUCAACAUCGACUCUUAGGUGUGCUAUACCGUAGUUUUUCAGUCAGAGUAAAUGGGGCAUCUCAAGCUGCGGAGCCUAUUGUGCUGAAGAACAAGAGUAAACCGCUACGUAUUGAAAGAGAACUACCGGACCCCACGAAGGACAAAAUGAAAAAUCGGGUACAAUUGGGUCUUUUUGUCGUGGCCAUCGGUGUGUCUUUAGCAUGCAUUUUCAACUACGAGAAAACGCAAUCCCCCAUUGUUUCCAAUUCGCUAUACCACAUGCGUAGAUCGCAGGCUAUAAGAGAUUUGUUGGGAGAUAGCAUCGACUUUGACGGUCUAGUGCCUUGGGUGUUUGGAGAUUUGAACCAGGUAGCCGGAAGGGUCAACAUCUCAUUCUACAUCAAAGGCUCUAAAAACGUUCAGGGAGUCGUAAAAUUGGUGGCAGAUAGAGAAAACAAGCACCAGGAGUUUUUGAUCCACGACUGGAGCGUGACGGUAGGUGAUAGGAAGAUCGAUCUUUUGAGCGAGGAGGGAACCAGAAGCCUGUAA